AUGAACGGCAGCGUUCACCUCGUACGCGUGUAUAAGCUCCCGAAGAAAUACUUCCAGGACCACGUUCAGGUGCAUCUCUGCCAUCCCACCACUCCUAUCGCCACAUCAAUGUCGAUGCACCCUUCGAACUGCGAUUACUUUCCCGUAUCUCCGCCUUGCGUAGAGGAGAAGCAUCAGCAGGAAUUCGCGUUCUCCCCCUCGCCCGCAUCGUGUGCUCCUAAUCGAGUUUGGCGCCGUACUCGCAUCGUCAUCCUCUCGGUGCUCCUCACACUCGCCGGAGUGGCUGGAAACGCCCUGUUCAUCGCAACGGGAGUCUCUCUCAUCGGCUCCAUAUUCGGCUAUGGAAUCCUCGCUGCCGUUCCCAAUCCUUGCCGACUCACCGUCCUGAGCCCGGCGGUUGGUCAGAGCGCUUUCGUGGAUUGGUGCUCCCUUAUUGCCCUUGUCACGACCAUAGGCCUUUUCAUCGGCACUAUCACUUUGGGCGCACUGUCAGGUUGCAUAUGGGUGACUACGGAGGUCUGGAGUGUGUUGAAGAGCUUGGAUGGAGAAGUCGAGGGGCACAACGUUGAAGAAGCCUAUCCCGUGGACGAGAAAUUAAUUCUGGUGUAA